AUGACGGCUCCCUGCAGCGAAGAGGGUUCUACCGAUGCUGUGGCAGUAGCAGAUGGAACGCACAGAGGUGCUGCUGCUGCUGCUUCAGGAGACGCAGCUGCAGCAGCACCAGCAGCAAUAGAUAUACCAGCAGAUUCAGCAGCAGCAGCAGAAGCAGAUUCAAAAGCAGCAGCAGAAGCAGUAGAUACAGUAGCCGAUUCGGCAUCGGCAACACAUUCAGCGGCACCAGCAGCAGAUGCAACAUCAGAGACACCAGCAGAUUCAGCAGCAGCAGAUACACAAGCGAGUGAUGCUGCAGGAAGUCCUCCAAAGCCGGUGAGGCGUAGCAGCACACGUUUGGCUGCUCUGCCGCACGCAGUAACAGCAGCAACAACAAAAGCAGCUGCGGUAGGUGCUGCAAGAACACAAUCAGCAGCAGCGGCGGCUGCUCCUGCUGCUGCUCCUGCUGCCGUACCUCGCUGUAUGUGCACGGAUGACCCCAUUGAGGAUCUCCUGCAGCAGCAUCGGCGCCGUUCGCUGCCAUCGCUGCCGCUGCAGCUGCCACUGCGGCUGCUGCUGCCGUAUGCAAUGCCGCACAGGCCGGGUAAGGCUGCUGCUGCUGCUGCUGCUGCUGAUGCUGCUGCCGAUGCCGCUGAUGCUACUGCUGCUGCUGCUGCUGAUGCUGAAACAGCUUCCCACGGAGCACGAAAGAGGUUGAAGACAUCACAUGCGGCCCCGGAAGGACAGCAGCAAGAGCAGCAAGAGCAGCAACAAGAGCAGCAGCAAGAGCAGCAGCAGCAACGCGAGCAGCAGCACGAGCAAAAUCAAGUGAAGCAGCAGCCACAGGAACAGCAGCAAGAUAAGAAGCAAGAGCAGCAAGAAGGCCAAGCGCUGCUGCAGCAGAAUCAGGAGCAGCAAGGUAACGGGCGGGAGCACACCACGAAGCAGGAACAGCAGCAGGAGAAACUGAAGCAGCAGCAGGACGAAGAAGACAAGCACCAACAGCAGCAUCAGAAGCAGCAGCAGCAACAGCAGCAGCAGCAGCAGCCGGGUGUGGUUCUGUACACUGCUUCUCUGCUGCUUGAAGAGGUAACAAGCUUUUGCGAACAGAAAGUCACCCUGGAGUUGCUGCCUCACAGGCUGCAGCCAAGUGCUAGCAAGACCAAGAAGCAGCAGCAGCAGAAGCAGAAGCAGCAGUUCUCCUCUCUUGCUGCUGCGCUCACGUGGCUGCAGCAGCAGCUGCACAGCGAAGGAGCAGUGCUGCCUGCAGCAGCGGGCUGUCUCUGCACCAGCUACAAAGUUGCUUUCGACUGCAUGCAGCAAGAUCCAGCAGCAGCAGCAACAACAGCAGGAACAGCAGCACCACCACCAACAGCAGCGCCAGCAGCAACGGCAGGAACAGCAGCAGCAACAACCGAAGAGACAGCAGCAGCAGCACCAGCGGAAACAGCAGCAGCAGCACCAGCAGAAACAGCAGAAACAGCAUCAGCAGCAUCAACGCAUGCACCUUGCAUCUCAGCUGCCAUACUGGAAGCGGCCACACAAGAGGCACAGGAGGCGCUGCAGCUGCUGUCUGUCUUUAAAAGCCUAAAAGCAGCAGCAGCAGCAGGAAAAGGAGAUUUUUUGGAGAGAUGCGACGCCCCAUCAUCAUCGUCUGCAGCAGCAGCAGCGGCAGCAUGGGCCGCAGCAGCAGCUGACCCUCCUCGGUUGCAGCGGUGCAGCAGGCACAGGAGCAGCAGCAGCAGCAGCAGCAUGGGCCGCAGCAGCAGUAGCCGGUGCAGCUGCGAAGACGUGCUGCGCGUUGCUGCUGUGGGCAACUGUUGCUGCUGCACGUUAAGCUCUCCAUGGGUGUCUUUGUCUGCGUGGCGUUGCUUUCGUGUUGCUUCUCACCCCUCUCUACGGCUGUAUGAUGUGCUGCUGCUUGCUGCAGCGCAGCGGCGGCUGUUUGCUGCCAGUGACUCCUCACCGGAGCAGCUGCAGCAGCUGAUGGAGGCAUCUGCUUUAGUUGCGUGCAUGGAGCACCAGCAGCAAGACCCUUCCUUGGCGGCAGAUGUUGCUGCUGCUGCUGCUGCUGAUACCGCCAUGCAGUGCGCAGCUGCUGCCGUACGGGAACUCGUCAGCGCCUCGGGCAACAGCAGCACCAGCAGCAGCAGCAGCAGGAGAGUUGCCACAUGGCUUGCUGCACCCAAUCCCUUUGCAGCAGCAAAACGCGCAAGCCACGGCAGCAGCGGCAGCUGCAACAGGUUGCCACGGCAGCAGCAGCAGCCCACAUGCUUGCCGUUCCUGAUUGUGCUUCCCGAAGAGGACCUGCUUGGCAACAGCGGGGCAGCAGCAGCAGCAACAGCAGCAGCAGCAGCACAACGAGCCUGGGCCCUGGGGGCUCCUCCUGCUGUCCCUCUCAUUUGCGGCAGCACCUUCUACAGUGCGCCCUCAAGGGACAGCAGCAGCAGCAGCAGCGGCAGCAGUAGUUGUUGUUGUAAAGAUGGGAGCAACAGUCAAGACGGCAGCAACAAGGACAGCAGCAGCAACAGCGGCAACAGCAGCAGCAGCAGCAAAGGAGCCGAAUCACCUCACAUCUCAGGAGAUUGCGAGGGAUUUGUUGCUGCAGCUGCAGGACAGCAGACGCUGCGCUGCUGUUGA